UGUCUUAAAUAUAUUAACUAAAUUUGACAUAUGAGAGAUAGUCAAAUUGAUUGGUAAAAUAUUUAUCUAGAAUGGAAGAUUUGUCUAAAAAUAAGAGUAAUUUCUAUACAGACGAACAAUCAUCUCAUGAUGUAUGGUUGAAAUCCUCUCCAAAUUUAGAAGCCAAUUUUUUAAGCUAUUUAGACAUGAAUAUUGAUGAUGAAAUUAGUGACCCACUAAAAAUAUGCUUUGGUUUUACACAUAAAGAAAAAAUUGAAAUACUAAUAGAAAAUUGUAAAAAGCUGUUGAAAUCUACUGUUAAAGGAACAAAAGAGUACAAUGACUUAGUUUUUAAAAUUAUUCAAAUGAAAAUGAAACUUCUACAAAUUUCAGAAAAUGAAACUCAAGCAAUUCACAAAGAUAAUUAUCAUAUCAAUGGACAUAAUUUUGUAUUACAACAAAAAUAUACUAAAGAAAGAAUUUGUGAACAAUGCAAUAAUGUGAUUAUUCCAUUUUUUCAUCAUUAUCUUCAAUGCAAAAAUUGCAAUUAUAUAUGCCACCUAAAAUGUACCUCCCUGCUCCAAACCAAUUGCGUUAAAAAUAUAGUCAAAACUCGCCCCUCCUACACGAUAACGAUAAGACCAGAAACCGGAUUAUAUAGCCAAUAUUUUAAGUGUGCUGAUUGUAAAACCAUUUUUGAUUUAGAUAAGCCUACCUUGAAUCUAAACAUAUGUGAUUAUUCCGGCGCCGUUUUCUGUGAUAGCUGUUUUAGGAAUGAUACCAUGCCCAUACCAGCUCGGAUUUUGCAUAAUUGGGAUUUUAAACCGAGGGGUGUUUCAAAAAAAUCGAAACAUUUUUUAGAACUCAUGCGCUUCAAGCCCGUGGUUAGUCUGAUAGACUUAAAUUCUUCCUUGUUCACCAAGGUGAGUACCUUGCAAAGAUUGUCUGUCCUGAGGAAAAAUCUCUUGUACAUCAAAAUUUACCUGACAACCUGCAAGCGCGCCAUCAAAGAAAAGUUGCUGCUUAAAAUAUCCAAUCGGCAACAUUUUGUUGAAAAUUCAGACAUGUAUUCCAUUCAAGAUUUGAUAGACCUAAACAAUGAUGUCCUUUUACCAGAAUUAUCACUCAUCUACAAUUCAUACAUCAUACACAUAAAACAAAAUUGUGAAAUAUGCUCAGGAAAAGGGUUUAUAUGCGAAUAUUGCAAAGUGGAACCCAUGCUCUACCCUUUUGAUCAGGGUGUAUCAUUAUGUUCGACAUGCUUAGCCGUUUAUCAUGAGAAUUGUUACGAGGCAAAUCACACAUGCUCAAGAUGCAUAAGAAGAAAUUCGAAGAAACAACUCCUUAAAGAUUUUAAUUUAUAACGUAUAUUAAUUUUAAAAUUCUUAUAUAUCUAGACCUAUAUUGCAAUCAAUUUUUUCUACACCAACAAAUAACUGGAGAUUAUGACACCCCUUAGAUCAUUAUGGUAGGGUUUCAUGAAAAUUUAUAGUGCAAUUUAAUUGUAUUUGAUAUAAAUUUAAAGUUUCCUUAUUAUAAAUUAUGAAUAUAAUACAUUUAAAUUUUACAAUCAUUCAUUCAAUAUUAUUUUAUUGGAUUCACACUAUAUUGUCCUAUAUAUAAAUAUGGAAUAACAAGACUCUUUAAUAAUAAAAACUAGU